GGCCAAGCAGAAGUAGGUAGAGGUACAUACUAAAGGUCAAGACGCCAACAAUGCUCCUCCGUCUUCGCCGUCCAUGCAUAAUCAGAUAACAAGCUAAUCUCGGGCACGUGCAACGUGCUUUUCCUGUCAAAGAGAAGCAAAUGGGGAAACCGCUAGAAGUCCUUAGUUAAGGCUGUACCUAAUACAUCUUUGGACGCAUCCUUGAAACGUAUGGAGGAGUAUCCACCUAAGGGAAAAGGGCCCCCCCCAUACUUUUCAGGGAUGCACUUGAAAGAAGAACUACGGACAGCUCUAACUUAGGGUUAGCCAGCGCUCCUGAUUUCCAUUCUCCACCUGGGCAGCCUGCUCUCCUACUUCCUCCAUAUUCCGCAGGAACACACAUCAUGUUGCUGUGCAUCUUCCAACAUUCAAGAAGGAGAGCUACGCUUUCCUUGGCAGUAGUUCAUCUGGUGCUGACUUCCUGCCUCUUUCUCCAGCAUCAGCUAGUUUUCGGUGAAAACAAGUUGUUGGAUCGGAUUACCGAUGCACUGCAGUUAAGGCUAGUAAGUACAAGAAAUAGAUCUUCAUCCCAGGCAUGAUCUUCACCCCGUUUUUGAAGGGGAGACGGGCACUAAGAUGCUCUUCUUCUGGCAGAUGGAUUUGUGGCACAGUUCUAAUACAGAUCGGGCAGUGGGAUCGGGCGCAGGAAGCUGCGCAAGCGGUACACGACAUCAAAAAUUCGAAAGAGAGGACUGCCAUCGUCCAGCAUGUGCAAGACACGGUAGCAGAAAGCAAGCGCAGUGCGGACAACCUGUUGCUGUAUUUGAACCGGCAAUACGCCUUACCAGACACGUUGCCGUGUGCGGCACGAUGGGCGCAGAACGGAACACACGCUCUCUUAACUAAGGGAUGCCACAUUGCAUUCUUCACCAGCAUCCUUGACUUGUUUUCCAGUAGAAAAGGGGUCCUCUUGCGUUGGUUUCCCUCACCUAGAAUCAACGCGAACAAUAUUUAUACUUAUUGUUUUCCAGUAGGAAAGGGGUCAGGGAUGGCCUGCCGAGUGCAAUGCUGCAGCCUCUAACUUAAAAGUCCGCUUCAGUCGUACGUGGACCGGCCCGAGCGGGCACUGGGGCCGCCGUUACAGCACCGUGGGAGGCGAGGGCCGCGUAGAGCAGGAUCUAUCGCAGAUGCCUCUAGAUGUCCAGUGUAAUCCGUCCGGUCCAUCUACUAGUACAACAAGAGCCAGUUCUUCUUCUU